UUGAAGUUCAAUUCUCGAUCCUUGAUUUCAAUCUGUUGAAAAUGUACACGCAUGGUUCUGUUGGCCUGUGAUUCCUAUUCAGCCAAGGUUCAUAUCUAAGAAAUGUGAGGUUACCGAGGAAUAAUGUUCUGUCUGAUCGGCCCAUUACUGUUGGUUCCCUUCCUGAGGAAGAACCAUAUAAAUCUCUUGAAGAAAUGGAGGCUGACACUAUAGGGAAUCUCCUUCCUGACGAAGAUGAUCUGUUUUCUGGUGUGGUUGAUGAGUUAGGAUACGGUUCUCCUGCCAGAAUAAAUGAUGACUUGGAAGAUUUUGAUCUGUUUAGCAGUGGUGGAGGCAUGGAGCUAGAAGGAGAUGAACAUUUGACUUUAGGCAAAAGUACUAGUGGUCUGGAUGGAGAUUCUGUUUUCUUGGGAGGUUCUAAAGGAAAACUUCCUUUUGGUGAACAGCCUUCUAGAACACUUUUUGUUCGAAACAUUAAUAGCAAUGUAGAAGACUCUGAGCUGAAGGCUCUUUUUGAGGUCUGGUGGCCGAUAUUGACGUUGAGUCUGAAAAGCAUCGGUGGAUGGGAAGUGCUCGUAUAGAUUUUUAUAGUCUCACUCGAAUCUUCCAAUUGAGGCAUUACAUUGGAUGUAUUUAUUUUGUGCC